GAGGGUUUUUCGCCUCUGCUACUUGUUCUUACCCUCUACAAAUGUCGUUCGAAUCAAUUGAAGUAGGGCCAUCAAAAUUGAUUUGCCUUUGAUUGAAUCCUGUAAGGAAAUGGAGAAGGCAAGCAAAGAGCAGGAGCUAGAAGAUUUAUCUGCAAGUAUUUAUGAGAUACCCGGAGAACCUGCUGUUGUUAUCAAUGGGGUGCCAAAUGUGACUCAGAGUGAAAACGAUGUCCUUAAUUUUGAUAGUUUACAUAAUGCAGAACCAAAACGAGACAUUGGUUUGGGUGAAUGGUUGGAAGGUAGGGAAGUUCGAAAGCUAUUUGGUGAGCAGUUUUAUUCUGGCUUAGUGACCAAGUUUGACAAGGAAACGGGUUGGUAUAGGGUAGUAUAUGAGGAUGGUGACUUUGAAGAUCUUGAGUGGCAUGAAUUAGAGGAAGUUAUUCAACCACUUGACAUUACAGUCCCAUUGAAAACAUUGACUUUGAGGAUUUCCAAGAAAUGUGAAAAAUCUAUUUAUAAGUCUGAGAACAAUGCAAUUGGAUCAAGAAGGCGCAGAGUCAAGAAUGUUGGGUGCGAGGGGAAACCAAUGCAGGGGCUUCAAUGAGCUUCAGUAGCUGAUUUCAAAAGUGCGCAUAUAAAGGAAAACAUGCUGCUAUGGGCCUACAAAUUCAAAGAGUUCAUCGGGAAAUACAUGCAAAAUUGCUACAUAAAAGUCUGAACGUGAAAGAAGCUCAGAACAGAAUGUGCUUUUUUGACUACUUUUCUUUUUUUCUAAGCAAUGUAUUUUCUGUUCAAGUUUUGCAUAUGACCUCAUUUUUGUAUUAUGUUUGCUAACAAAUCAGUGUGGAAUUUGUGUUCUACGGAAGUUCUAAUGACAAAAAGAUAUUUUCCCCU